AUGGUCCACGCCGACGCGUCAAACUUUGCCGACGGCGUGACAAAGGAGGAAGCCUACGAACAGGUCCUCCUCCAAGCGCAAGGUCUCCUCGACGGCCAAAGAAACUGGACCACCACCAACCUCGCCAACACAGCCUCCCUCCUCUGGCACGCCUACCACUCCCUCCCCUCCCCCGCAAACGCAGUAAACUGGGCCGGCUUCUACGUCCUCGACCCGGCGGCGCCCACGCCCACGCCCUCCAAGUCCCUCAUCCUGGGCCCCUUUAUGGGCAAAGUAGCCUGCCAGCAAAUCCCCUUUGGCCGCGGCGUCUGCGGCGCCGCUGCCGCGACGCGAAAAACCCAGCUCGUGGCCGACGUGGAGGCCUUUCCCGGUCACAUUGCCUGCGACGGUGACAGCAAGAGCGAAAUUGUCGUGCCCAUUGUCGUAGGCGAGAAAUUGGUCGCUAUUAUUGAUGUUGACUGUGCGCAAAAAGACGGGUUUGAUGAGGUUGAUCGGGUUUGGUUGGAGAGGCUUGCUGUGUUGCUUGCUGAGGGUUGUGAUUGGUAG